CUGGCAGCAAACGUGAGCAUUAAAUUACGCUUUUUCCUUCAUACUAACAUAGAUAUAACGCACUUUAGGAAAGGGUUGCAGUGGACCAUAGAUAGGGAGAAAUGCGAAUUAGACUUUCGUGUAGCUCCAGGGCUUUCCUUUCCGAGCGCAGCAAUCAAUUCCAGAAUCCGACAAGAGCGAAUACUCGCGGCAUUUAAAGCUACGGCAGAUUGUACGUGCUCCUGUAUAAAAAAUCACAAUUCAUUCCAUCUGGAUAAUGUCUCUUAAUCAGCGCAGUGUCAUUCAAAUUUUUUUUUUUUUUUUUUUUUUUUUUUACCACCCUGCGUGCCCCUCUCGAGCAUGGCAGCACGCAGGCGAGUCGAGUCACUACGUCCGCCGCUAUGUGCCCAAUUUGAAUUUUUGAUGGACAUCGUUAAAUAUUGAAAUAUCAGGCACAAGAGUAAUACCUAAAAAUGUUGUCCACAAAAUACGUGAAGGUACACGGGAUGAAAAACGAAAAGUGGAACACGCGGGAGAAAAUGAUUCAGUACCGUACUAUACUCAAACUUCAUGUUCGCGAUAAGAAACUUCAAACAAUAAAUGCAACAAAAUUAAAACUUCAAGUUUCAAAAAACUUGAAGGAGCUAUCAACUGAUGUCAUAAAGUAUCGUCAAAUUGUAAACGAUGUCAUUAGCGGCGAUAAAAGACUCUUCCGAACAGUUUGGCAAAAUCAGAAAGAUUUUCAAACAGUGUUACAUGAUACAGAACCUUCGGAAGCUUUUACAGCGAUAUUUCAAGAUUACAAUUUGAAACGUAAACAAUUGGAUAAGCUUUUACACGUGAAAGAAAAGAAAACACAAGAAUUUUGUAACUUAAAGUCGGAGUACACGAUGCUGUUGCAAGAUAUCAAUGAAGGUAAGACGUUGGCGGCAAUGGAAAACAAACAUAAGUAUCAACAACGACAACAGCAGUUGAUUUCGCGUUUUCAAGUGGCUUUAUCACAGCGAAAUGCAGCAAAAUCCAUCCAUACCACAUACCAUGAGAUUCGUGAUAUUCUUAGAAAGGAUUCCAUGUAUUUCGAUGCUGUAUUAAAUGCUCUGCGCAAUGACCAAAAAGAUCAAAGCAAUGUGAUUUAUAAAACUACCAUAAUGGCCCAAUUGGCAACAGAAAAUUUAGAUGAUAUUCGAAUAAAAUAUAAAAAAAUGGCUCGUGACGUCUGGGUGAAUAUGAAGGAACGGGAGAAGACUCUGGAAUUUAUGAGAAGGAAAGUUGAUGAUGUUUGGCAGUACGCGAAAUCUUUAGUCAGAAUCGAUAGUGAUGCCAAUCUAUUAAAAAAGAAAAAAAAGAAGACGAUAGAUGUAGAUAAGAAAUUACAGAAACAAAUACAACAGCUAGAAAAUAUUUUCAAUAUAAUGAAAGACUCAAUGUUAAUUCAAUCAUAUGAAGAAUUAUUUAUAAGGCUUGAUGAUCAGAUAAAACAACGAACGAGGCUUUCCCGAUUAUAUGAACGCACCUUGAAACAAAGAGAUUCUGAAAUGAAAAACGAAAAUCACGCAGGUUUACUCCUGAAAACUUUAGAACAUUCAGUCAUAUCGACGACUGCACGAUAUAAAACUGAUAAAAAGGCAAUGCUAGACAAAAUUGAAAAAGAGAAAGACCGAAUAAAUAAAAAUAACAGUCUAAUAGAUACUAAUGGCAAACAAUUAAUGAACAUUAGAGUAGCACUACAAAACAUAGCUUCGAUGAUUAUGUGUGCAAAAGUUACAAAGCCCCCGGUAAAGUCGAAAUGUUUAAAAGAAGUAAAAGAAGUAGAUGAAAGCGAAGUAAAAGAUGAGGAAGAAAAUGAAAAUAAGAAUGAAUGCGAAGAACCCGUAGAAAAUGAAGGAUUAGCGGUACUACACCAAGUAAUUCGAAAAGCGAUCAUUUUAGUUGGACAAACAAAUUUCCCACUUAAUAAAGAUAAACAAGAAAAAGCCCGUAAUUUCUACGAAAAUUACAUUGCUACUUAUCGAUCUCAACUAGCAUUUGAGGAUCAGGAUAAAAAACAAGGUAUAUUCUUUGAACAUGAAAUCGUGGAUACAAGUGUCCUCACACGGCGUGAUAUCAAGAUGAGAAGUAAACAAAUUGUCGAAGCCAAUAUCAAAUUGGACUAGAUGACAUAUUAAAAACAAGCAACAAUAGAAAUAAUAUACAAUAAAAUUACAAU